CAGAUGGUUUACUUACUUUGUUCUCAUAACUAAGGGUACGUUUAGUCAAAAAGGUAACUUCCUAGGACGCCCCGCCUUUCGGGCAGCCAGUGCUUCUCGUCCUAGGCAUUUUCUUUUGUGAGUGAAGGAGGAAACUUCGUGGUCACUCUAACCACAAUGCGCGUGCUUAUGCUAUCCGUCUUGUGUGUUCUGUUGUGUUGUAGCUGUGGCCCAGUGUCGGUGUGGGCGCAGCAAACAACCAGAGCCAGUCUUUCUCAGAGGAUAUCACAGUGGAUGGUGGGAAGGAUGGGUCUCGGUGGCAUGCCGGGUUUACCGGGCAUACCUGGCCUUCCGGGCGUAGGGCUUGCCGGCUUUGGCAUGCCGAGUAUUACAGGAUUGUCCGGGUUAGGCGGUUUCUUUGGCCUGUCACCUAUUUCUUCUAGCCUGUUGUCGUUUAUGGGCUUAGGAACACGAUCACAGCCAACUUAUGUACAGGCUCCUGCUCCACCGCCGCCAUCUCCACCGCCUCCACCGGCGACUCACGGACCGCCGCCCCCCCCCUCCCCUCUACCGCCAUCGUUAUCGUCACACGAAAUUCCACCCCGUCCUCGUGGGCCUCAUCCGUUUUAUCAUCAAGCAGCACCUUAUGGAUUAUAUUCAGCCCCAGUGUACAGCCCUCCUCCCAGCGCAUAUCCUGGUCACGGAUCCCCCAGUCCCUAUAGGGGCCAUGCUCCAAUUGGUCACGGUUUGCCACCCCCUAUCUAUGAUGGUCCACGUGCUAAUGUUCAUCGUGUGCCUGCAACAACCGGUGAAUUCUACAGAGGUCGCGGAGCUCGUGGCGGUUCAAGUUACCUGUUUGCGGAAGACGCCUCGUUCGGACGACCGCAAACGUCAGCGGCAGCCAUUCCUAUUAUCGUUCCUCGGCACGUGGUCAGGGGUCCGAUCCGUGGCCCCGUGGCUCUAAAAACAGCCCACGGCCUCAUGCUCGGACCCUUCCAUAAACCCGUACACCAGCAUGGCUUGCCAACGAUUAGCGACGCGCCUGUCGUUAUGGACGAUGUGGCCUCUGUGACAGAAAGAGGACUUGGUAUGCAUGAUCUAAUAGAUUCAUCAGCAAUGUCUGGCUUAACGACUUUAUCAAGUAUGGAUCAGGUUUCAAUGAAAGACGUAAUGGCCACCGGGCAAGCGAACGAAGAGGCCAUGCUCGGGCUUGAUGAUGCGCUACCUUUCACUGUGGACACGGGCGAGAUGGAUAUAUUUGAUAAAAGUGGCCUUAGUCUAGGCAAUCUUGGAGGAGAUUCCCUCUUUAACGACGAAAUGAAAGUAUCCGAGUUAAAUGGAGAAUUAAACAGUCCUGCAGUAAUGGAAGACGACGCUAAAUCGCUUGACCUGAAGGAGAAUCUGCUGGCCGCAGCAAGCGAACGACACGAUCAUCGUCAGCCGAUCCAUGGUAACCCACUUGAAAUGAGCGCGAUCCAGCAGCAGCAGCAGCAGCAGCGGCGGCAGCGGCAGCAGCAGCAGCAGCAGCAUCACUAUUACCGUCGAGUAUCGCGUUCGAUGAGCAAGCCAAGCCUGCAGGCCAACAACUUCCUGAAAAUGCCGUCGCAUUCAUCGUCGUCAUCAUUACAGUCGGCAUUAAACAAAAAAUUAGCGCAGCUCUACUAAACAGUCAGUGGACGUCGCCUGUGCCAUCGUAUUUUCUAGGACAGUUUCGUUUAGGGACAGCCUUUCUUGUCCUGCGGCCUGACUGGCCCCUCCUAAAGCUGUUUCCUUUCCUCUGCUCUGGGGAGGGGGGGGGGGUGAGAGUGAUGAACGUUAAAGAAGUACCUACUGUACAGGUGAAUGUAUGCUUGUCACGCACGGUUCAUUUUAGUUGACGUGUAUCGAUGGGGGUCUUUUAUGUAUGCCUGUUUCAAAUAUAAGGUAAAUACUUGAACCGUGCACUAACUUCUGUUGUAUAGAAAUACAAGUUUGUUUCAUAUCAGAAUGUAAUCAGUCAACGUAUUAACAAGUUCAGAGUAAUGAUUAGUUGUAUGACGGUGACAUAUAAGGAGAGUAAGCACUGAAUUGUUUAUACGAAAGGUAAGCUGCGCCCGGUAAGGCAUUAGUGCAACUUUAGUUUACACGAAUCGAACCGGAAUUGUCGCAUGUAUGGCUAUGCAUCUAUUCAUGUAUAUAUAUAUAUAUAUAUAUAUAUAUAUAUACAACUGGUAAAGUUUAGUUGGGUCGGCGCGCCCGCUCCUAGUACGCUUUUCGUUAUACAUUUGCAAAAGCUGAAAUGCUCAGUCGAGCGUUACAAAAUACGAUUAAUUCUCCAAAUUCGAACCUCUUUCUUUGAGUUUCCUGUUAGUGGAACAAUGUAUCCGUUCACUAUCGCAUAUUUCGCUGUGUUUUCUGGGUCGAAAGUGGGCUUAUUUCUAGUAUUCAGUCUCUAGUCAUGGUUAAAGGAAGGUAGCUGUUAUUCGAAUCGGCUAGAAAGACAGUAUUAUAAGUAGCCGUGCGAAUAUGAUCAAUCGAUAGGUCAGCUGCAAAUUGUUCCUUGCAAUUAUUAUAAGCUACUAUAUUAAAUAGUCGUGGCAGCAUCGAAAAAACAUGUUAAAAAGAAUCGGUAGUACAGGCAUCGAAGAUUCAAGGGUGCAACGUUUGUCGAUAUCCGUCAAUUCCUGUAACCUUACUUGCCUAAGUCUAAAUCCGUUUCAGUUUUACAAAGCUAAACAUGUCGAAGAUCGAAAUCUAGCUUUAGACUCGGUUAGGGCAAAGUCGUUUUUUGUCCAGUAAUCAAAACACGCUAACGGGACGUGCAUUGCCGACGAACAGGAAGGGUUUAUUUAAUGGUGCCAUUGUAAAUACGUCUUGUGGAUUGCCGUGACGCUGUGCGCCGCAAAUGUGAUGCCUUAUAAAAAAAAAGAGUGAUUUGUUAUACAAAGAAAGCUAGAUAUAAAUAAAAGCUACUUGUUGUUUUACAGCAGUUGCUACGAUUCAAAUGUACCGAUUUCUUCGUUCGACAACGCUUCUUUAACAUAUGGCCGCUAGAAGAAAACGCUUUGGCCGUACCAGGCUUUCGACAUAAAUCCUAUUAUGGGGACCGUAAUAAUACGAUCGCUUAUAUUGUUUUGUAUAUUAAUAUACCUUCGAAAACCUGAUGAUUCGACGUACAUCUAUUUUUUGCGUUCGGUGUCCUCACGUUACGUCAGUAGAUGCGUAACAUUUUUAAAGGGUUUGACAGUCCAGUGGCCUAAAUAUCGUGGAUCAUUUGUACGGUCACAGCCUUAUUUCUGACGUACAAUACAUUUGACUUUGACAACUGAAUAGGCUAUCUCCACUUUGGUGGCAUACCCACUCUGUGUGUGCGUUUUAGCGUAGCGUAAUGUUAAUGUGGCGGCAUCUGUGGGUCGCUGGUUUAGUGCUACGGCCGAUACAUGCUGUAUAACACCCAGGGAUAGAAGUAAAAGAAGGUAAGCUAUUAGCGUGUUUGAAAGAAACUUGUGUCUUUUAUAUUCAUAGUGGGGGUGAUAACAAUAUAUAUAUCAAGUGAAAUCCUUUUGUAGUGUAAUUUUAAUAACAUUGCCACUGAUCGUAUUGUGUUAUUUACGCUACGUACGCUACGUAGGUACGCUAGUUGCCUUUUUUUUUUUUACUUUGUCCCCCGCUUCUAGGGUUUCUAUUUAGGUCCUUUCUCAACGCUGUUUUAGAUCGAUAUGUCUCUACUUGUGAGUCUUGCUUAGCUUAGAUGGACGCGACUGACCGAAAGACUGCCGCGACCUAUAUAUUGGCCUUUAAGAGAGACCACGGGUCUGAUCAAGUGAAACAUUUAUCUUAUCUUAUUUGGAGGGGUCGGGGGGACAUCUUGAAACUUCUGUAUUAGUUGAGCUUUAUUUGAAUUUAGUUUUACACUUUACCUUGCCAUGUGUUUCACUGGAUGGACGAUCAGAAUUACCACGUCCUGGUUUUUACUUGGCUUUGUUACUGGCUUUUAGGAACGCUGACUUUUGAAAUCGGUACUCUAUACUGUGCGGAACAUGAAGUUGGUCAAGUCGGAAAAUGUGCCUUCGAUUUACAGGUUUACAAGCGGAUGGAGCUUUUCGAACUGAAGUUUUACACGGACUAUAUUUUGCUAAUAUGGACCAGCUAUUAUCGACCCCAGUGACAAUGACACCAUGUUGAGGAGAUAAUAGUUCCGUCAAAUUUAACACAAUAUCUAUGCGUAAACUUGAAAAGCACUGAGCAAUAUUUGAAGUUAUUUGCGACAUUAUUAUACCUUUUAUAGAGGUUGGACUCGUUCGAAUCGUCUUUGACUAACGGCAUACAAAUCGCUAUAGAACUCAACGUAUUUCGUGUCUGUUGAAUUAAAAAAUUGUAUCUGUCAUUAACCAUCCCUAACGUACUACCUAUGAGCGACCAAAGGACCCAAUUGCCCUGCAGGAGCCACACUGCAAGGGCAAUUGCGAAGCAGCCUUGAUUAUUACUUCUUGAUGUUUAAUCACUAAACUAACCUGAAGGAUUUGUAAAAGAGUCUCUUAUUUUUCAGCGCGUAAUAGUAUUC